AUGAAGCUCCUUUUACUAACCGCAUUUCUGAUGCCUUGUAUUAGUGCGGUGUCCGGUUGUAAGUGUAAAAAUACAACGAAUGAGGAGGCGUAUUGCGAGGCCAAGUGGAGUAAGUCUACAUCGACGUGUGCUCGCCUUUUGUAUCAAUUUUAUUCCAUUUUUAUUUUCAGUAUCUCAUCUAAAAGUACUCGAAAAGAAGCAGAGCCAUGAUCGUCUAACAACGAUUUACACCGUAGAACAUAUCGACAUAUUUAAAGUAAAUAUUUUUGAAUUGUGAUAUGCAAUUUUUUAUGAUUAUUGCGUUUGCUUGGGAAUUUUACGAGGUAUAAAACAAUGUAUUUUAUAGGUAUCAGUCUUUCUGAAAAGUCAUGUAGAUUCGUCGCACCAAGAAAUCGCUCAUCAUCGCUUUGCGAUGGCUGGAGAUCUGGUGCUCGACUGCGACGAUUUCGCUGCGACGGACCCACAUUAUUUUCCUGGCAGACUGACAAAAAUAUGUCAAGUUUGGUCGUCAAAUUGUGGGAAAGAGGAUCAUUGAGAAAACUUCUCACUAAUAAUAAGACAUGUGCACUUUAGGAACAGAUACAAUGGACACAACAGUCAAAAAUUUGAUCAAAAUGAGCUACCGUUUGAAGUCAAAAAGUGCAGGAAAGACAUAAAAAGAAUCAGCUUUGAAGAGAAGAUACCUGAACAUCAUUCCUCCACUUCAAAACCAAAAUUCUUUUUACGUAUUUGCUUCACUUUUUUGACAACAAACGAUAGCUCACUUUGAUCAAAUUUUCGAUUGUUUUGUCCAUUUUAUCUGAUCCUAAACUGCAUCAUGCCUCAUUAUUAGUGAGACGUAAUCUCAAUGAUCCUCUUUCCCACAAUUUGUCAACCAAAUUCUACUUACAGUGGCCGGGUCUCAUGGGAAAAAAGUACCAUUCUGCAUUCGGGAAGUAUCAAAAAUGUAGCAAAAUGACUCCCUAUCCAAGUGAAAAAACUGCGAUUUCAAAAGCGCGCCUGCUCUUUAUGUGGGAAAAGGGCGCGAACGUCAAACUGAGAUAAGCUAAAACAGUCCGGUGAAUGGAUUGGCAAUUUGCCAAAAAAAGACGCGACAAAACGUUUUGUCGGGGAAGAAAUGGGGAAUUUUUGGGGCGAGAGAGUAGGCUUUUGCGUGUCUUUUUUCUCUCUUUCUCUGGAAAUCAAGACGAAAUGUAAAAAAACCGAUAGCGAAGAGUCUAUUCCGGUCACCGGACUCCUCAGUUUGACGUGCGCGCUAAACGGAGUUUUUUAGUACAAAAGGGAGGCAUUUUGCUGCGUUUUUGAUACUUCCCGGAUGCAACACGGUAAGUUUUUCGUCGCUGGAUCAGGUCCUUCACUACACCCCGUAAAAUUCACGAACAAAAACUACCACAAUUUUUCAGAAGCCAGACGGAGAUUUGCCCACCGAAUUCAUCUCGCCUUCCUUCUCCGGAUCCUGUGGAAUCUCAGCACUCAAACCGGGAGAGGAAUACCUUCUCACAGGUAAUUUUUUGAGAGUUCUUUCAGUCUGUCGGGAAAAUAAUGAGCGUCGCAUCAAAAAUCGCACCGCCGGUGAAAAAAUCAAUUGCAAAAUCAAACUGUUUUUCACUUCAGCGACGCGAUUUUCGAUGGACAUUGUGCUCAUUAUUUUCCCUGCAGACUGAGACAUAGUAUUUUCAAUAAAUUAAGAUAUCCAUUUUUCAUUUAGGCACCAUUGCAAAUGGUUUUGAACUGCGCGCAGUUUCUUGUUUAUUCUUCAACGUUGAAGGGAGUAAUUUACUCGGUGCCGUGGAAUGGAAGGCCGUCCCAGCCAGCAUAAAAGACCUGCUCAGUAAGAACAAACCGGCUUGUUCUCUUGGCCGAGAGAGCGCUUGA